AUGCCCAACAACAGCAAUCACAACACGCGGAUCUUCGACGUGUACGCCGGCGAGGCAGCGAUGCCGGCGCACAUGACGGACAUCAUGUCGCACGAACAGAAGGUCGCGCUGGACGAGCGGGUAUCCGCGGCUGCGGCGGCUGCGGCGGCAGCCACAGCGGCUGAUGCGGACCACAGCAACAACGAGGCGGAGGACCAGGAGGAGGAAGACGAGGGAGAGUUCUACGACGGGGACGAGGACGAGGAGGACAACAGCAGUGGCACGUCGCUCGUGAACUCGGGAACCGGCGGCGCAGUGCGGCUGGGAGACCUGCCCGUGCGAAGCGAUCCGGGCUUCGAGCGGGGCGGGUCGCUUCCCACGGCGCGCCCGGCCCGGCUCAACCUCUCGCCCGCGGCCGCCGCCGCGCUCACCAACAUGGACAUCUGGUCCGUGCCCGUGGAAAAUGCAUUUCUGGCCGCGCUGCGGGUCAUCCCGAAAAAGGGCACCGCCAAGAUCAAGCUCAAGGACCGCAACUACGGCCGCAACGAGCUCAUAUCCGUCUACAUCCAGCAUCGCGUGGGCGAGUACCGCGCCAAGAAACAGAUCUCCUCGCACAUCCAGGUGUGGAAAAAGUCCAUACUCAACAAAGUGCACAACGGGUCGCAGAUCACGCUGUACGAGGAGGAGCUGCUCGAGCUCAUCGAGAACGGCGCGGCGCAAACCACCGAGAACGAGUGCGCGUUCCACGCCAUAUUCACCGAGAUACUCGACGGGCCCAUGGCGCUGCAGAUGCGCGACUCCUCGGUCUCCACGGCCACCUCGGACUCGUCCGAUAUGCGGGACCACCAGCACCAGCACCAGCACCAGCAGCAGCAGCACCACAUCAUUUUGAACGCGCCUGGCGCCGUCCCGGUGAGCGCCGCCAGCAUGCCGGGCGGUCACGUGUACGACCCUUCGCAGGCCGCUCGGAUCCCCUCCGGCUACGCCUACGCGAAUCCAGCGAUGCCUGCGGGCGUUCCGGAGCCCCUGACGCCCUUGGAGUACGCGCGCAGGGUCUACAGCAAUCUCCGUUCCUACAAGUGCGUGCCCGUCAACAUGCACGACUACACCUACCAGCAUCCCGAGUCUCAAGUCGAAGGAGACAACAACCAACAGACGCUACAGGCUGCUCAGCAAGUGGCUACGCAGCAGCGACAACUCAUCGAAAAUAUGUACGUGGGGCAGGCGUACGGACCGCCCCCAACCUCCGAUUUGGGCCCCGACCACGUCGAUUACCCACGUUACGAUUUGCAUGCGUUUGUACCGCCCACGGCAGCCAGGCCGCCGGAACCGCCCUCUGAGGACCGGCAUUCCAGGUCGAGCAUUUAUCCAACGCGGAGUGACAGCUCCGACAACUACCUGCCUGGGGAUUCGCAGACAUGA